AUGUCACGUAAGAGAUCUCGAAUAACUAAAGAAGAAAUGAGUUCUAUAUUGGAGUCCGAAGGCGGUGAAGGACGAAAUGGUAGCGACACUAGUUUUGGAAGCAACAGUUUACUAAUUUGUGAAACACAGUCACUUAGACACGCGGCGCCCUUCAGCACAGAUCCGAUAGCUGUUGCUGAACGCGAAAGAUGUUCGUACGGCAGGAUACCGAGGGCUCAGGCUGUGGCCGGUACAGCUCCUAGGAAGGUCAGGGUGUACUCUGAUGGAAUCUACGAUAUGUUCCACCAGGGACAUGCGAGGCAACUGCAGCAGGCGAAGACUGUCUUCCCUAAUGUGUAUCUCAUUGUUGGAGUGUGCAACGACAAACUAACACACAGCCGCAAGGGUCGGACAGUAAUGACUGAGGAGGAGAGGUACGAGGCUGUGAGACACUGCAGAUAUGUUGAUGAGGUGGUUUGCGACGCCCCCUGGGAGUACGACGAGGCGUUUCUGGAGAAGCACAAGAUAGAUUUCCUGGCGCACGACGACAUCCCUUACACCACCGAGGACUGUGAAGACACGUACGCCAUGAUCAAGGCAAAGGACAUGUUCGUGGCCACGGAAAGGACAGAAGGCGUGUCGACAUCAGACAUAGUAGCCCGCAUAGUCCGCGACUACGACAUCUACGUGAGACGGAACCUGGCACGCGGAUAUUCCGCAAAGGAGCUGAACGUGUCCUUCCUCAAUGAGAAGAAGUUCCGCUUACAGAAUAAGAUGGACGAACUCAAGGACAAGGGGAAAAAGGUGAUGACGAAUAUAGGUGAAAAACGUGUGGAUAUCUUAACCAAGUGGGAGGAGAAGUCUCGGGAGCUGAUUGAUGCUUUCCUCCUGUUGUUCGGACCAGAUGGCAGGUUGUCCAGUAUCUGGAACGAGUCCAAGGGCCGUCUGAUGCAGGCUCUGUCACAACCACCCUCACCGCACUCCUCAUCACCGCCCAGCGAGAACGGAGACCACUCACACUCACCAUCUCCUGAACCUGAACACAGAGGGUCGGCCUCGCCCCCACCACCUAAAUCUCGUCGGUGUGAUCUGUUGUGGGAGGAGCAAGCAGAUGCAUCGAGCUUUGACCGUGCUGAGUUCUCGGAAGAGGCCGCACAGCGCCAGUUGACGGACGACGGCUCGGACAGCGACGACGACUACCAGGACACCAGCCCUUAUCUAUAA